CGUCUUAAGCACGGCAUACAGCUCAACGUCACUAUGAUGAUUUCGAAGGGGUGCUAGUGAUGCUACCGUUAUGCAGCCACCGCUACAUACAAACAUAUUUAAAGAAAAUUAAUCCGCGGAUAAUAAUAAAGUCUAGAAAUAUGACACAGUGCUAAUGGCGUCGACACGGAGCUGGAUUUGAAAGAAAGUAAAACGAGAAACGUGGCUCAUAUCAGAGGGCGUGUGAGUGUGUAUAUACCCUACUCCAUCGUACGCAGGUGGACCAUUUUCGUGGCUGACGUCGGAGGUUCAGCCGCUGGGACGGGCGGGCGGAUCUUCGGCAUGGAGCGCGGGCUGCUGUCCCGCGGCCUCUCCGCUCAGUCUGUGGCAGCGGCUGCACAUUUUUAGACCCAGAUCUGGGGCACAGAGUUCCGUUAACGGCCUCCAUGGCGUCCCGGCUCGCAGCCCGAGCUCGAGAGGAGCCAUCUUCUGCACUCAUGUCGGCGGAGAAGCCGCGUAAACGGAGAGCAUUCAGCGUGGCGCGAGCGCGGCUGCCGCAGCCUGCGGCGCCCAAUAACAACAACACGCCCUUCAUGAUCUCCGGACAGAUCAAGCACAUGUGCAGCAACUGCAGCCGAGGAGACGCGGAGGGGGCUGAGCGACUGGCUGCAAUGCGCUCUGAUUCACUGGUGCCAGGCACCCACACUCCGCCCAUUCGGAGGAGGAGUAAGCUGGCAACCCUGGGGCGACUCUUCAAGCCAUGGAAAUGGAGGAAGAAGAAGAGUGACAAGUUCAAACAGACAUCUGCAGUCUUGGAGAGAAAGAUGUCCACACGGCAGAGCAGAGAGGAACUGAUAAAGAGAGGCGUCUUAAAGGAGGUUAACGAAAAAGAGGAGGUAACAGUAGACAGUGGUCAUGUUUGUGUGCCUGACAUGGACAGACUUACAGUCAUUAGUCCUGUAUCUGAGACCCAGGAGGCCAGUGGGAGUGGAACAGAAAAUUCAAUGCCAGGGGAAACAGGGGUGUGUCUUACAGGCCACACCUCCAAGCCAUCUCCAGCCACACCCCCUGUGAAGCCCAUGCCAUUGCCAAGUGACAUUUUGGACGUGCCGCAUACCAAACCAGCAGUGCUGAAGCAGCCACCUGCCUUACCUCCUAAACCUUACAGCAGAAUACCCAACCAUUUAACAGACACGAUAGGAAAACUCUCACCACCGCUCCCUCCAAAAAAAGUGAUGAUCUGUGAGCCGGCAUCUUCUUUUCAGCUCAAAUGCCUCCAGCCCCUGAACACACACCUGCACACACACUCUCUCACACACUCACAUCCUCUGCAGUAUGCUACACUCCCUCUCUCCCUCCAUCCCCCCAGCAGCAUCAUCGAAGAACUCAACAAAACACUUGCGCUCACUGUGCAGAGACUGGAGAGCUCGGUGCUACAGGCUGUACCAUCAGUGCUGAUGGAGAGCGAAGAGGAGAAGGAGAACCGAGACGCAAUACACACACCUCUGCCCAAUGCACACACACUCACUGCUCACUCCACCAACACCCUCGUGCCCAGCGCACAUAUGUACAGCACACACACGCAUGAAGACGAGGACGAAGAUGAGGAAGAAGAUGAUGACUCUUUGUUUACAAGCACCCUAGCUCUGAGGAUCCUUAGGAAAGACUCACUGGCAAUAAAACUGAGCAACCGGCCAUCUAAGAGAGAACUGGAGGACAAGAACAUUCUGCCCAUGAUGACUGACCAGGAGAGGCUAGAGUCCAGACAGCAAAUUGGCACUAAACUCACACGGAGGCUUAGCCAGAGACCAACUGCAGAGGAACUAGAGCAACGAAAUAUCCUAAAACCACGUAAUGAGCAGGAGGAGCUUGAGGAGAAGAGAGAGCUCAAGAAAAGACUGUCACGAAAGUUAAGUCAGAGGCCUACAGUAGAGGAGCUGAGGGAGGCAAAGAUCCUCAUUCGGUUCAGUGAUUAUGUGGAGGUGGCUGAAGCUCAGGACUACGACCGACGGGCAGAUAAACCCUGGACACGUCUUACUGCUGCCGACAAGGCUGCCAUAAGGAAAGAGCUCAACGAGUUCAAAAGCACAGAGAUGGAGGUGCACGAGUCAAGUCGACAUCUAACCAGGUUUCACCGACCAUAGUGCUGACUGCUGAGCAGCAGCACAGGGCAUUACCAAUGACCACAAAUUCCCCAUUGGGGUUGUACUGAGUCUCUGGUCUGGGAAUGUGCUGGGAUCAGCCCAUAAAAGGGGUUCUACAGUGGGACUAAAUGCAGAGACUGCGCUGCCAUUCUGAUCUGAGAUCAGGAGAAGAUAUGGAUCUGCUUGUGAAAGCCCCAGAGCACUAAAGCCCAAGACAACCUGACCUGCCUUCACUGACCAGUUCAGACUCUCAUGAUGUAUGUAUGUUUGUAUGCUCUGGCUGAAAGUUUCAAUUCAGUGUUCUAUUGUGCUCUGGCAGUACACGUAAAUAUGAGUGAUUUUAUUCUGUGCCAACAACCUUUGAAGAUAGAAAGGAAGUGGGUGUAAAUCUGUGCACGUGGCCCUGUACUGGGAAUAAUCCAACAUGUGUGAACAGGAACAACACAGAAACAUGAGGGAACUUUAAUACAAGUUGAAGAACACUAUCAAACACUAUCUUACAUCCUGGAAUAUUAUCUGCCUUUUAUUUACAUUUUCUCUCUCUCUGGAGUUUAUUUUACCUCUGUGAUGACUGAUGUCCUUUUCUGAAAACAAAAAAACAAAAGAAUAGGAUGCUUUCAUACCAUUCUGUCUAUGAUGAAGGAGAUCUCCCGUUUGACUGACAGGACUGAGCAAUAAUUCGUCUGAGUAACGUCUAGUUUUGAUGCACAUCAUGUCUUAAUUUCAUUGUUGGUCUUAACUGUCAGGCUGCUACUGAGGGACUCUCUGGUUUGCAGCCCUUUUACUUCUGCUUUUUUUUUGUUUGAGAAAGUUUCUGGUAGUAGACACGUGCUAAAGCUGGGCACUCCAAUGAUGUGCUCCACAGAGGGUGUGAGGUAUCAUUUGGAACACACCCACUGUCUGUCUCAGCUCUGUUUACAGGGUGCGGCAUUGCCUAACCCAGGCAAAAACAAUGACUCGCCAAUGUUUGUGACAAAAAUAAUUUACCAUAAUAAUAUUUUUAUUUUAGAUUUUCAUUCACACAAAACUUGUCAAGGUAUACAGUUUGUGAAAAUAUUUUACAUCCCUUAAAUAUUUCAAUCCACUUUGAUAUAGAGCAUUAAAUAGGCACUGGUGAGAGCAAGCGUCCAUAUGGGUCAAAGUAAGAGCGGGUUAAGUAAUGUUAAGAGUGGUGCGUUUUGUUUACAGUCUUGCUGUAAUGCUCCUCUCCUCUGCUGCUAUGGGACUGAGAGAAUCCAUGAAAGGAGGAGGUGCAUGUCUUGUUCUAACAUAUUGUUGCUCCCUGGAUGAUGUAUGCAGUUUCUGAUGUAAAGAGAACUUAUUAAAAAAAA